AUGAGAUUGAGUUCGACGAAUAUGGAUGCUAGAAAGAUGUUAUUUGCUGCUAUUCUAUCUAUUUGUGCAUUAAGUUCGAAGAAGAUCUCAAUCUAUAAUGAAGAAAUGAUAGUAGCUCUUUGUUUUAUAGGCUUUAUCAUAUUCAGUCGUAAGAGUUUAGGUACGACUUUCAAAGUGACUCUCGACGGGAGAAUCCAGGCUAUUCAGGAAGAAUCGCAGCAAUUCCCCAAUCCUAACGAAGUAGUUCCUCCGGAAUCCAAUGAACAACAACGAUUACUUAGGAUCAGCUUGCGAAUUUGUGGCACCGUAGUAGAAUCAUUACCAAUGGCACGCUGUGCGCCUAAGUGCGAAAAGACAGUGCAAGCUUUGUUAUGCCGAAACCUAAAUGUUAAGUCAGCAACACUUACAAAUGCCACUUCUUCCCGUCGCAUCCGUUUUCAGGACGAUCUAGUCACAAAGUUUUACACCUUAGUGGGGAAGCAAUUUGCCUACUCUUGUAUCUCGAAAGCAGAAAGAGUAGAAUUCAUUCGAGAGAGCUUGGUGGUCUUAAGAAUGGUUCGGGGGGGGGGUUUCUCUUAA